UGCGUGAUGAGUAUGCGGUUAUUAAUUUUUAACAGGUGAUUAAUAAUUAAGAUUAUUUACAAAGUUGUGAUAUUUAUAAAAUUUGUGAAUUGAUAAAUAUGGCUGGUGUCGCGGAGAAUCACAAAAGCAACUGUCAAUUGAAAACUGAAGAUGUCCAAAUAAUGGAUUGCGUCGGACGUACGCAAGGAGAUGGAAUGGAGAAUGUAGUUACGGUUGAAAAUGAGGUCAAGCAAUCCAAGUGUCGUCUUAAUGAUAGUCUUAUUUACUACCCAAAGAAUUUAAAGCAAUCUGUAUUAACGCCUCCAGUUGCUCCUACCGGUACUAUCGUAAAUCUUAUUCCAAAAAACAUCACAAAGGGUAAAAGACAAAUUUUAAAUUCCUUAAAAACAAAAGAACCCAAAUUUGUACCUUACGAACCAUACAAAGCAGCAGUUAAUCCUAUCGUUCCGGUUGAGAAAAAAAAUAAAAAACAUUCCAAGUGGGAUACAAGUAUUAAUGUAGCAGCUACGGACGUUGCUAAAUUGAAGAUUAAUGAUGUAAAUAUUGAGAAAGAAAGAAGUAAUGAAAAAGGUGAAAAGGAAGAAUCUAAUUGGAAUAAGGAAAAGAAAAUCUAUGAAACUGAAAUACAGAAGCUUAAAGAAGAGAAUAGUCAAUUAGAAAACCAAUUAAAAUUCCAAGCACAGGUAAAUGGCGAAUUAAAGAAUUUACUAGUAGCAGCUGUAGGUGAAGAUCUUGAAACUAAAGUACAUUUACUUACUGAAGAUAAGUUACAACUUGCUCGAGCACUUUUAAAUUCUGCUCAACAUCUUAGUACUCAUCAAGAGCAAACCGAGUGGUUAGCGGGGCAAUGUGAAGUUUGGAGGAGUAAAUUUUUAGCUAGUAGUUUAAUGGUAGAGGAACUUGCAAGAUGGAAGGCUGCCCUUCGUCAAAGAACGACCGAUCUUCAAGAAUCUAUAAAAAGAUUAUUGGAAGAGCGUAAAAAUAUACGCGAUGCGUCUCUUAAAACAUAUAGAACUCUUAGUAUUCUCUUAGAGAGUUUCGAUCCUGUUCGAGCAGCGUCAUACAAACGUCAUGCACUGCCAAGUACAAAUGUCAUAGAUUUGGCACAGGGCUGUUGUCAAUUAGCAGAAAUUUUAAAAGUUCAAUUAUUAAGUGGCAUGUUGAAUACAAUAUCAAACAAAGAUAUUAAUAUAACUGGUUUGGAAAUGCAAACAUUAGCAGAAAAAAAUGCAGAGCAAUUACUUAUGAGUCCAAAUCUACUUAUGUCAGGAAGACAAGAUGCUGCUUGUAGCGCAGUCAUGGGCGCAGCUUUUGCUAUCGGGGGUCAAAUUUUUAUUCCACGAGAGCCAUCUAAUAUUAGUUGUUGUCCAAAUUGCAGUGGUGAAAUAAAUCAAAUUUGAAAAUAAUUUUUCCAUAAAAGAAUUUUCGUAGAACCGUAAUUUAUAAAUGAUUUAUGAUACUGCCGUAAUUAGGUCAACAGGAUCGAUUUGUCAUUACCAGGCCUAUGAAGAUAUUUCAAUCGAUACGAAUAAUUACAAUAAAGAUUAUAUGUGUUAAAGAUAGAAAAAUAAAAUCGUUAAAAAUUG